AUGGCGCCCCAAGAUAUGUUCAUCGAUGAGGAGGAUGAUACCUGCCCCCUCUGCGUAGAAGAGUUCGAUCUUUCCGACAAGAACUUUCGACCAUGCCCCUGCGGGUACCAGGUCUGCCAGUUUUGUUUCAACAAUAUCAAGAAUAAUAUGAACGGCCUAUGCCCUGCAUGUCGAAGACCCUAUGACGAGAAGACAAUAGAAUGGAAGGUGGUCACACCCGAAGAGGUAGCACAGUUCAAGGCGAACAUUCAAAAGAACGCAAAAAAGAAGGCCGAACAACGACAAAAAGAGGCACAAAAGCGAGAGGUCGAGAGUCUAAACCGAAAACAUCUUUCAGGCCUCCGAGUUGUGCAGAAAAACCUGGUUUACGUAACGGGGCUGAAUCCUACUUCUGGUAAAGAUUCACUUUUGGAUUCCCUCAGAGGCCCGUCGUACUUUGGCCAAUAUGGAGAUGUCAUUAAGGUCGCAGUCACCAACAAGACUAGACCGACCGAUGCAUCCAAUGUGGGCGUUUAUGUUACCUUUUCGACGAAAGAGGAGGCACAACGAUGUAUAGCUGCAAUAAACAACUCACAAAACAACGACCGAACGCUGCGGGCAUCUUUAGGGACUACGAAAUACUGCUCGGCAUACCUUAGGAACGAGACUUGCACCAAUAAGAACUGUAUGUUCCUUCACGAACCUGGCGACAAUGAUGAUAGUUAUUCUCGACAAGAUUUAUCUUCAAUUAACAGCGUUAAUACACAACGACCUCUCCCUCCCACUGCCUCUUCCUCACGCCAAGCACCUUUACAGCAUAUGCAACCCGUAGCUGCUGCGGCGCAGCCUAUGCAUAGAGAAUCGAGUAAGGAUGGAUCGGACAGCGGUGAUGGCUCGGCUCUACCGUCUUCUGCAAGCUGGGCAAACAAAGGCAUGCAACAACGCAGCCGAAGAGGAAGCCACGCCACAAGUGGUGCUGCUUCAAGUCCGGCAGCCUCGCAAGCAAUGCCUGCGACAGCUGAGGUUAUGGAGGAGCCAACUCCUGUUGAGGAAGCCGUACCUGAACCUUCAAAUCCUGUCCUGGCAUCGGAAACUGAAUCGCCAUCACCGCGACCGCACAAGAACCAAGAGUUCGCGGAACUCUUGCUAGCGAUCACAUCACUUCCAUCCAUACAGACCAUCUCGAUCCCAGAACUACCAUUCCCGCCACUGUUCGAUACCAACGGUGGCGCAAAACGUAGGGCUAUGCGAGAGCAAAAUGAGGAGGAAGCGAGACUUAAUAUUGAACAAGAAUCACUGUCAGACAUCCGCUCUACCGCAGAACCAUUGGAAGAAGAGGAACCUGAAAGUGGUAGUUUGCAACUUGGUGGGGAGCCGGAGGAUAGUGGACGUGAGAUCCCGCAAGGCUUUCAAAGACGCCCCAGUGCCCAACUCCCAAUCCAACGAACCAACAACGGCCCCGGGGCUGCAGGUCUAGCCUUUCCUCGUAACCUCAGCAAUCUCAGCUCAAUAAACGGCCGCACCUUGACACUCCAGCAAAGAGACUUGCUGCUGAACAAUCAAAAUCCUUCAUCUAGUUUUGCAGACCAGUUCUCUCCUGGAAUGGCAGGUCAGUCAAAUCAAAGCGCUGGGCUGUUCCAGCAACAAGGUCACAACAGACAGUCAAGCCGAUUUAACUUCUCAAACGAAAAUCCAUCGUUACCGUCCAUCAAACCAUCAGCCAAUCCGAAAUUGAUGGCACAACAAUCAUCAAUGAUGCCAUCCGUGAAUCACACCCAAAGCAGUCAAUUCUACGGCGGUUCCAUGCCGCCUCCACCUGGUCUGAAAUCAGCAGGAACCCCUCCUGCUGGGUUUGGUCAAAAUCACGCAUUUGGUGGUUCAAUGGGCGGUGCUUCGGCUUUCAAUAGGGUGCCAAAAGGCAACGAGAACGAAAUGCUGCAGGAUAUUUUUCGAGGCCGUGGUAAUGUUGGGAGUGGGCAGUCUCAUGAUACAGGCAAGCGUGAGUUUAUGUUUCCUUCUUUUCUUCAACAGUACCCAUCUGCCUCCUCCACUCCAGCUCCUGCUUCAGGCCUGGCAUCGCUCUAUGGUUCUCAGCCUGGAGCUUUCCAUGACUACAGUCAAAAGCAGAAGAAGAAGGGAAAGAAGCACAGACAUGCUAACACUUCCUCCUCUGGAGGGGGUGGCCUAGUCGAUCUUGCGGACCCGAGUAUCUUACAGGCGAGAAUGCAACACCAACAACAGAGCAAUGCCGGAGUCGGGCCGGGCGGACUGUUUGGAUCUCAGGCUCAAGACAUGCUGGCAGGCAUGACGAAAGGUCGCAUCGGGAACUCCAUCAUCGUCUUCAUCGGGACCCUCUUUCUUGUACGUUAUAGUCCCCGAACCCUUGCCGUGGCGGCAGAAGACCCAAGCCUCGACGAAGCAACUUCAGCAGAAGUCGAUGCUCUAGUCGCCGAUGAUACGACCGAUGAUUACGGAUCCUACCCAAAUGUUUUGGAUGCAUCACGGUCGUCAACACCAUCUGUACCUCCUGGGUUCCUCCCUCAACAUCGCCUGUCGAAUUUCCAUGAAGCGCCUGCAAAAAUUCCAUCACGUAUUCUUGCCACGUCUGCUCCAUUUGUUCCACCGUCUACGACACCUCUCGCAAGUGUUGCAAUCCCGGAAAGCUCUGCACCUGCAGCAUCUCAAGCGAAACAAGAGCUGAGACAGCUCGCCACACAGAAGGGCUUGACGAAGGAAAUCGCAUCUCAAUCCUCUCAGCCAGCUGUUCAAGCCGAAGAAUAUCCAGCUUUGGGGAGUGAGAAGGCGAAAGUUCCAUUGACGCCAACGCCCACGCCCAGCAAGAUAAAUCUAAAGCCAGCAUUUACCACCACCAGUAAGAAACAGUUGUCGAUAACCCUGGCGACUGCUCAGACACCUUCCAAAAGUGAUAGACGCGCUACACCUCUUAGUGUCGUAGUACCUUCAAAGGUCCCAACUAAGACACCUACAGAUGUGCCUGCUCACGCUCCUUCCGGGGCGGGAUUUCCACCGCUACCUCCUAGCACUCCAUCUGCCUCUUCGACCCAGUCGCCUGCCACAAGAAAUGCUUCAAAACCCCAACGAAUUGCGUCCACUGUGAAGUCAGAUACUCCAACCGCUGGAAGCGCUACGCCAUUUUCCAUGACAUCAAACUUUCCACCACAACUGCCAUCGUCUCGUCAACCAAGUCUUGCAUCAAUGUCCAGACAUGAACGUCCUGGCACGCCCACAAGCGAGAUGAUAUCAGACAACGCAUCAAUCACAUCUACUUCCAUGUCAAGAGCAAACUCUCCCCCACCAUCCAAGAUUGGUUCUGCUCCGGUUAAAACAACCACGAGAAGCGCGCGAAAGAAACAGGUUGAGCAGAAAAAGAAGGACAGGCUUGAUAUGGAGGUAGCUGCUGCCGAACAGGAGCCUAAGGUUGAGGAAGUUGGCCCAAUCAUGGGAAGGAAGAGAAAGCAGAAAAAAGAUCGGAUUAUCUCCAGCGCUGCAGGAGGUUCUACACCUGCGGCCAGCCGGCCGCCAUCGCCUAGCCCUGUAGAUACUGCAUCCACAUCAGCAGAGCAGAUCUCCAAAGCCUCACCUAUUGAACAGACUCACAGUCAAGACCAGCAGUCUUCGGUCGAACCCGAGAUUGCUAAACCGUCACGAGGGCAUGACGCGAAGACCAAGGGCAAAGCCAAGAGUCGAACCUCGGCAUCUGUAACAAAUACAACACCAGAGCCUGUACCUGCGCCUCCACCAGCCGAAGUCGAAGAAGAAGGAAUCACUACCUACAAACCCAUUCCAACUCCAGCCUCAGUGCUACAUGAACUUACUGCUUCCGGCGAGAUCUCAGACACUGCUCAACUUGCAAUUUUGAAGGAAAAGCCCGGAACAAACGCCCGAUCCCAUCACGACGUGGAAGUCCAGGCCCAAGGCCAAAAAUUGACCAUUACUACGGAAGACCGAGCAGCCUUAUUUGCGGGCAAACCAGUUCGGAAGAAUGGUGACGGCCCAACUCGCAUUCUGCUCACUCCCAAUGGAGAUUAUGUACGCAACCUCACCGCCGAAGAAGAGGAUCGGUACUUGCAGCUUCAGGCUCGCCUUGCCGAAGAAGCAGGAGCCACGGCUUUCGUAUCCACCAAACACAACGCCAACAAUGGCUUCACGCUUAUUGGAGGUCGCGCAGUUCCCAAUGGCCCCCCAUCCUUCUUCCCUGCUCCAGCCGGCACCGUAUCCCCACUUGAUCCUGUCAGCAAGAUCCAGCGUGACGAGGCACUCAGCUAUAUCAACCAAUACGUCCUGCCCUCACUAUCCACCAACUCUCAACUCGAGAAGGCCUUGAACGCCAAUGCUUUGGAUGCGGAGUUGACUCGCUCUACCGACAGCGCUGGCUUUCCAUCGUGGAGCACUCACCAACACGGUGACACCAAUGGUGAUGCGCAUGAUCAGGCAGGUAUAUUAGCCAAUGGCCUUGACAGCAUGACGGCGCAUUUCGCAGUCGGCAGAGACGGCGACAGCGGUCGACCUCUGGGCAAUGUAUCGCUGCUGAGCCUUCCAGAAGCAGAGACCGCAAUGCAAGCGGCAAGGAAGGAGGCGGAGAUCAUUGAGAAGAAGCUUAUUGCUUUAGUAAGGAAGAACAAGCGCAUGUUGCUUGGUUCCGGACAUUGA